CCAUUAUGGAAGGACGGUCCACAGUUGACGCUUGAACAGCACGACCGACUCAAUUAACGAAAUGGCCUUCGCUAAGAUUGUUCUUGCCCUUGGCUUCAUUGCCGUCGCUUUGGCAGCCGGUGUCGAGAAGAAACAGGACAUGCAGACCGACUCGACCUACGGCUUGGGUUACGCUUAUGGUGCUUACCCAUACCACGGUCUCGGGUACGCCAAAUUGGCCUACCCUGGCUACGCAUACGGAUACGGCUACUACCCUCACGCUUACAGCCACGCUUACGCUUAUCCCGGAGUCGCCUACGGAAAAUACCCCUAUGCCUACGGAUACUACGGUUGAAUGGAUGCCACCUGAACGAUCGCUUUCUGAAAAUAAUUAUUUAAAAUUUGUACAGAUGGAAGUUUUAAAAUAAAACAAUUACAUUACAA